AUGGAGGCGCUGCUUCACCCUUCUGUCUUUGUGGUGGAUAUGUGCUGGAGGCUCCUGAUGGUGUGCGUGCUGUGGGUGGUUCUGGGAGGUUGUGUCCAUGCCCUGAAGUGCUGCCUGCGGUCACAACAGAACCAGGAGGGGCCUCCACAGAGGAUACAGCAGGAGGUUGUGGCUGAAAAUAGGAAUAACCAGUAUUCAUGGGUGACCCAGUCAAGGAGCCCGGACCCCAGUGUUCCUUUGGCUCUUGUCCUGGCCGACAGCCUGCUGCUGUGUGUGCUCCAGGAGCCCCUGGCAGAUCCCAGUGUACCCCACAUUCACAUUCUCCUCUCCAGACUGGUGUCACUGUCUCACAUACUUGAGAAGGCCAGUACUGAACCAGUGGCAGCUGAUGUAGUGAGAGACAAAGUGCAGCUGAUCCGCUCCUACCUACAAGACAGGAUGAGGUUACUACGAGCUCUUGUCCAGGUGCAGGGGGAUUUUGAGGCCAGCGUGAAGGACAUGCUGGAAGGCCUAGACGGCCUGUGGGCCCAGCUGGAAGAGCUACAUACAGGGGUCACACUAACAAAAGAGGAGAACCGAGGCCACGGAGACCUGGCCUUGGCACAGAGAGAUGCAGAGACUUUGUUUGCAGUUUUGAGCGGCUACAGGAACAAGCUUCAGUCCUGCCAGACUCAUUUGAAGGACAGCACACAACUUAUACAGGAAUUAACCUGGAGUCACAUUCGUAUAAGCGACAGUGUGAACAGCAGCAGUGAGUCAGUCUGGCCAGAACUGUUGCUUCAGUCCAGCAUUGAGCAGUUUGACAAGGUGCAGGAGAGUUUCCUUUCCCUGGAACAACAGACCUGUACUUUCCAGGCCCACCUGGAGGGACUUGGAAAUGGAAAUCAGGAAGGACAUGGAGGUGCCCUCACUCAUACUAACAGGGCCCAUUCAUGUUCAGUCGCUCCGGUGACUUCCCCACAUCUCCAUGAUCACACAGGCGAUGAGUCACUGGAGCACCGUGACUCAACCUCUGCAGCCUCAUCUGCCCCCUCAGUGGAGGCAGACACUGAAACCGAAACAGACACUCCUCUCUCACUGUGUGAGAGGUCGGCUCUGCACUUCUCCUCCACGAUUGAACGCCUGAGUAAAUCUGGAAGGCGGAAGUGAUUUUGAUCAGAAUCCACUUGGCGCACGCACCAGAGUGUUUAUUUAGACAGGUAUUUUCAAAUGUUGAUCAUUUGCUGGUUGCUACAAAAUAGAGUAUUUAUUGAAUGUUUACUUUGGUGUU